CCUAGGUGAGGAUGGAUGGGGUGUCUUCAUGGCAUCAACUUACAAGCCAUAAGGUGGUACACCCUGAAAUCCAAACCAGGAAAGAAGGAUAAAGAGCGAGGAGAAAUCGAGGUUGACAUCCAAUUUAUGAGAAACAACAUGACUGCUAGCAUGUUUGACCUGUCCGUGAAAGACAAGUCUCGGAAUCCAUUUGGGAAACUGAAGGACAAGAUCAGGGGGAAGAAUAAGGACAGUGCAUCAGACACCGCUUCAGCCAUCCUCCCCAGCACAUCACCCUCUGUCGACAGCGACGAUGAGUCGCCUUCGAAAGACAAGAAAAAGAAGUCAAAGAUCAAGACCUUGUUUUCCAAGUCUAACUUGCAGAAAACACCACUUUCCCAGUCCAUGUCUGUCCUGCCUACUCCAAAGUCAGACAAAGUGCUGCUGCGUCCUGGGGAGUUUCAGUCCCGGUGGGAGGAUGAUGACGAGGAUGAGUCCUCCUCUGCCUCGGACAUCAUGUCUCACAAGAGAACAGCAAGCGCAGAUCCUAAGCAACUGAACCAGGUCAACCUCACCCUUCCCAAGAAGGAAGGGCUCUCUUUUCUUGGCGGCCUUCGGUCCAAGAACGACUCGCUCUCCCGCUCUAAUGUCUGUAUCAACGGGAACCAUGUUUACGUGGAGCAGCCAGAAGGCAAGGCUGAGGCGAAGGACAGCACCUCCUCUUCCCCAUCCCCUCAGGGCUUCAGGAAGAAGCAUUUGUUCUCCUCGACAGAAAACCUGUCUCCUCGGUCCUGGAAGGAACCUGGGGAAGGGAGCGCCGUGUCUCCUGACAAGUGGCUCUCUGAGUCUUCCACAAAGAACUCUCCGAAAUCCACCACCCUGCCGCCCUCCUGGCCGCCGGUCAGCGGGGACAUGAGGGAAAACACAGCUCCAGCGAAGUUGGAGGCCGUGAAAGAAUCCAAAGAGAGCAAGAAGCAUGAGAACAAGAAGUCCUCUUUGCUCUCUCUGGUGACAGGAAAGAAGGAUGUGGCCAAGGGCAGUGAAGGCGAAAGCCCUGCUUCCACCCCUGGGAAGGAGCAGGAGGGCCCGCUGAGGGAGGACGGGCCGGGGCCUGCUGAGGGUCUUGGGAAGAGAUCUGAGAAGGAUACGAUGGCCGCCGUCUCCGGACGGGGAAAAUCCCUGAACCCCUUUGAAGAAGGGCGGAGCACAGAACCGGCAGCUGACCCAGAGCCCAAGUCUGAACGGACACCGCCUGUUACCUCUGCCAGGGCGCCCCAGACCAAAGCCGUGAAACCUCGACUGGAAGUGUCUCCAGAGGUUCAACCCACAGCCAGGCUUCCUCCUCCCCCUGACUCCCUUCCCUUUAUUUCUGCUCUUCCUUCCAGUCCCGCUCAGACACCUGUCUCUCCUGAGUCGGGGCGUGAGGCAGAGACACAGUCCUCAGAAUCUCCUUCUGUCUUCUCCGCUUUCUCCCCUCCCCUUGCAGCUCCCAUUUCCACAUCCACGCCUAUCACAAGCUGGCCUUCCACCGAGCAGGGCCAGGCUGGUGCUGAGGAACCGUCGGUGCCCCUUGACGCAGAGGUGCAAAAGGAGAGUUUAACACACGUUCCAAGCGCUGUUUCUUGUGCCCGGGGCUCACUUCCCAAACAGCCACCCACGGCGGUGUGGAAAGGGACGGAGGCGGCUCCAGCGGGGAAGACCAGUGAGACGGACACAGAGAAGGAUACCAGUGGCGAUGACUCAGCACAGUGUCCCCCGAAGCAGCCUGAAAUGGGGCAGCAAGAAGAACCUCCGAGGUUUCCCCCCAAAAAGCAACAAGACUAUCCCCCUGCAUCAGAAGGGGCCCGAGAAGUAACGUCGGCCCUUUCAGCGAGAAGCGGCAGGACGGGAGGCCCAGCUGGGAAGCCUCCAAUGGGGGUAAAGACAGACUUGGAGAGUCGGUCUGGGUUUUUUGAGGAGGACAGAGUGAGGGGUGGGGAAAUGACUGCCACAAUCAAACAGGCGGUACCCCCUCUUCGAAUGGGAGAACCGGUCCUCCCACUUCACUCCACCAUGCGAAGGCACGAAGAGAUGGGUCUAAAUGGCAGUGAGGGCCCGAAGAAGAUCAAGAAGCACGUGUCAUUUUCUGAGCAGCUGUUUAGGGAAGAGGAGGCGGAGAAGUCCCCUGGACUGGUCGGAGAGGACGAAAGUCAUCCCCAGGAGCUGGGGUGUGAAGGGGCUGCUGCCGGCGACGUGUGUGACACAGAGCCUGCUGAGUGUCCCCACGCAGAAGACUCCGAGGGGGAGGCUGUGACUGAGCCCCGGCCGCUGAAUUCCGGUGUGCCAGCUGCCAUGGCCCGUCCCCUGCUGCCCCCCUCCCACGAGGACAGUGACUCAGAAGGCCCAGGGAGUGAAGCCAGCUCGGGGCAAGGCAUGGAGGGAGACGAUACUCUUCUGGCUCAAAAUCAGAGCAAAGCCAGUGAUCACGAAGGCCUGUUGUCUGAUCCCCUGGGUGACCUUCAGUCUGCCUCAGAUGUUAAAUCUCCAGUCACGGCUGAUCUGGACUUAACCCUUCCUUCCAUUCCUGAAGUGACUUCAGAUGAUGAAAGAGUGGACGAGGUGGAAGAUGACAGGGAGGCAGCCAAGGUGGCAGCUAUGGGGGGAGGAGCUUCUUCCCGGAGCAGGUCACCUGCCCAUCCCGAGAAGGCGCCGGGUGGCGGGGCAGGUGGGUCGGCAGUGCCCGCAGACAGCCUGCGUGAGCUCAGGUCGGAAGCACCGGAAGCAGCUGUCAGGGCUUCUUCGGAGCACACCACAGCUUCAGGAAUUCUUAAACCAAGUCUUGGCAAGAGCUCACGCUUGGACACCCAGCAGCCAGGCCCUGGCGAUGGCGAGGAGGCAGAAGUGAUGGGAAAUGGGAGGUUAAGGCAGCCUCCUGCCCCGGCCCUGGACUCUCCUCCCUCCAGCCCCUCCUUUUCUGAGCCCUCUCCUGCCACACACUCUCCCCCUAGCUCCCCACACUCUGACACUCCCCACACCAGUACAGCAGAAUCUCAAAAAAAAGCAGCAGCAGAGGGCCUCCCUGGUAAAGUGGAAAAUUCUGGCAAGAGGAAGCCGCUUCUUCAGGCCUGGGUCUCACCCUCGGAGACACAUCCAGUCUCAGCUGGAACUGGGUCAGCCAAGCACAGACCUCAUCUUGUGAAGCCAAUGAACACGAGAGCCACCAAGAUUACUAACUCCAGCUUGGGAACUGCCACUAUCAUCAGUGAGAACUUGAUCAACGAAGCUAUUAUGAAGAAAUACACCCCCUCGGACCCUGCUUUUGCUUAUGCACAGCUCACCCAUGAUGAGCUGAUCCAGCUGGUCCUCAAACAGAAGGAAACAAUAAACAAGAAGGAGUUCCAGGUGCGUGAGCUGGAGGACUACAUCGACAACCUGCUCGUCAGGGUCAUGGAAGAAACCCCCAACAUCCUCCGAGUUCCGGCUCAGGUCGGCAAGAAGGCAGGGAAGAUGUGAAUGGCCAGCACAUGACACUGAGACUUUUUUACAGAGAGUGGAAGGGGGGGCGGGGAGAGAGAGAGAGAGAGAGAGAGAAACAUCAAUGUGAGAGAGAUACAUGGAUUGGUUGCCUCCUGCACACACCCUGACCAGGGCAGGGGAACCUGCAACUGAGGUACGUGCCCUUGACUGGAAUCGAACCUGGGACCCUUCAGUCUUCAGGCUGUUGCUCUAGCCACUGAGCCAAACCACCUAGGGCUCUUAAUCUUAAUGAAUAGUACCAGUUCAAAUUCUUCAGGUAAUAUCAUUGUUAGUAACCUAAUAUUGCAAUUAGAAUGUUUCUGUAUUACUCAUUUUUUCCUCCUGGUUGUGAUGGAAUCUCACCAAUCUUGACCUCUCUCCUGGGGGAGGAGUAUCACCGGCCAGUGGGGUGGGCAGGGAUGGCAGUACUAGCCGGCAUUAAAUUGGGAAUCUCUUCUUCGCAUGUUCUUGUUAUAUUGAGGUUAAGAGGCAAGAUUGCUGGCAGCAGAAUUCCUUUCAGGAUCAUGUUUGCUGCAACCUUAGUUAUAUUGGAGCACUUUAAUCUGAAGGAUGAUACUGUAACUUGAUUUAUCUGAUUAGUUUUUAACUACCUAUAGCUAUUGUAUUUAAUACUCUCCUACAGUACUGGGGACCACUGUAAACUUCUCAGAUGCCUUGUAUUUUUGUAGUGCUAUGACAUUUAUGUACAUACCUACAAAGAGAACUGUAUAUCCACUUGAACUCUGAAAAUGUACAUGUAUAUAUUUGUUCCACGACAUGUUUUUUACUUGAUAUAAAUGUGUUUUGACUGUGAUAACCCAAGUGCCCCCGGGGGGCAGGUGAGUGCUGAAUGGUUUCUCUUCUGAAGGGCUGGUGUGGAGACCUGCACUGUUCAGGAGGGGUUGGUUUGGAGGUUGCUGCUAGGACCUCGGUAUGUAUCUUGGUCGGUGUUUGAGAGGGGCACUGGGCGGAGGAGUGAAUUCCUGUGCUCUGAUAUGCCACUUGGGAACUCUGGAGAAUGAAGGACAAUUUACUUCAAGGGUGUCUGGUUUCUACCACUGCUGGGGAAAAAUUCAAUUGAUAGCAUUCCUGUCCCUCUCCAAAGUAGAUAGCCUGAAGGUCACUCGUUAAUGACUGUCCUUGAGGACUCUACUUGGAGGGAGAAUUUAUCUAAGAAAAGCUUUAACCUGCUCUGAGCCAUUAGCAGAGCAGUGGUGAGUUGGAGCACUGGACUCCGAUACCUGGCACAUGUCUGAAGGCCUGUGCCCAUCUCUACAGGACUGGGACCUGCCUCUAGCUGCUGUGAAUGCUACCCUACCUGACGGGCCCUGGGAAGAGGCUGUGCUCUGGAGCAGCAGGGGGCAGCUGCCUUCUUGGCCUUGCCUAGUUGCCUCCAGAGAGAACAGUCAGUACUUUAGGGAAGCAUCUGAUUAAAAGCAAACACCUUGCAAUGAAUUUCAGCUGGAGGUCAGCUCCAUGAAUAAGAUGUCAACUCUUUGCUUGGUUGUUUCAUAUCAUCUCAUUCCUUGGACUUUGACAGGUGUCCUGCCCUUCCCUUUUAUCCUUGCGUGUUAACCUCAUCAGGGUAGCAGACUGGAGAAGCAAGAAAGUGUGCCCUUUGCCAUGUGGAACAGCUGUUGACCUGAGUGGAAGGGUGUGUGCACAUAUGCAUGAACCAAUGCGAUACAUGUGUGUGGUUCCAGCUUUGCUAACAGUGGGAGCUCAAAAGGGCAUCAAGGGAGGAAGGUCCAUGUCACUCAGCCACAAACUGUAUUGAAGGCCAGAGGCUAUUUAAUGUUAAAUUAUGCAGGAUCUUUCCUCACUGGGUCCCUCUCCCAGUUGACUCUUUUUUCUUUUUUUAGAACUACAAAUAAAUAAUCGCUCAAGGCUGAAAGAUUAAUAGUCUUAGGUGGAGAACAUAAUCUAGUAUCCAUGCCAACCUCAACCCUGCGGUUUCUCGGUAUCUGUUAUGUGAGCUACAAACCUGACCUCUUCCUCCCUCCGACUCUUGAAGGAUCGUCCAGUGUUUUUGGAUUAUAGAGUUAUUUCCUGCUUUGUUACUUUGGGAAUUUUGAAUCUUCUGAUUUUGUUUGUAAGAAGUAACCUAAAAUUUCCUACAACACUAAAUAAAAUGGUACUACCUGUCAAA